CACAAAUUUCCCAGAUUUCCCCUCUGUCUCUCUGUCUCUCACUUUGUCUCCGAUAACAAUUUCCACACGCAGAGAUAAUAUUCCCAGGGACGAGAAGCAGCCACGGAGGAGUAGAGUAGAGUCAAUUCCGGCGACGAAAGAGGUGGCACGGCGGGGGAGGGCGGAUUAUGCUGUUCGGGGUUCGAGUCACGGCGGGGACGAACUCGUUCAGGAAGAGCGUGAGCAUGAACAACCUGUCGCAGUACGAUCAGGGGAAUCAGGACCCCUUCGUCACCGACGUCGUGGCGUCCGGGUACGAGUCCGACGACGUCGUUCACGCCUCCGGACGGAGCCGCGAGCGCAAACGAGGGGUGCCGUGGACCGAGGAGGAACACAUGUUGUUUCUGGUGGGGCUGCAGAAAGUUGGGAAAGGCGAUUGGAGAGGAAUUUUGAGGAAUUUCGUCAAGACCCGGACGCCGACACAGGUGGCCAGUCACGCUCAGAAGUACUUCCUCGGCAAGAACAAUCACAAUCGUCGGCGACGCCGCUCCAGUCUCUUAGACAUCACUACCGACAUCACUUAA